AAAAACCCAUAAUAAUGGGGGAAGUUCCCAUUUCAACCGUGUCUGCUCAUGUCUUUCAAAUUGAUUCUGAGACGAAGAAAAAAUGGUUGCCGACCAGCGAGCAGGCUGUGGAUGUUUCUUUCUAUUUUGAUAAUGCUCACAACACUUACAGACUCAUCAGUUUGGAGAAUAAUAAAGUUUUGAUAAACUGCACACUAUUGCCAAACAUGAAAUUUGUAAAAACGUCUCAAAAGUUUGGUCAGUGGAUUGAUAGUCAGGUUGCAACUGUUUAUGGACUUGGGUUCAGCUCAGAAACUGAACUCAAUAGGUUUGCAGAUAAAUUUGAAGAAAUCAGAUUACUGUUGUCUGAUAAAAAAAGAGGUUUAGAUCCUCCACCUCCUGUGAAACCAAAAUCAUCAUCUCUUGCUUCAGACAAAUUGAAUGAAGUAGAGAAGACAGAGAUAAGCAAAAUUGCAUCAAACCUUCGGCACGUGCAUGUUAGUAACAGUAGUAACAACAGCGGAAGUAACAAAAAUGAAGUUGCUACAACCAAGAUUUCAAAUGGCUUUUCAUCCAACUCACCAUCAUCACCAUCAACUACAACAACAGCCACAAAUUCUUAUUUCCACUCUGAUUCCAAUUGCAACAACAUCAAAUGCACCCACACUAUUGCGCAGUUGAAAGUUGAAAAUGACAAACUCAAAUUAGAAUUGGCUCAAAGUUCAGCUCGAGCAAAGGAGUGGGAGGUUGAGAUGCAGUCUCUAAGAAACAAGAAUGCACUGCUGACGACGACGCUGGAGGAAUCCCAUGAAAAUGUGGAGCAGUGGAGGAAGCAGCUGGCUUCCUAUACAGAUGAAAUUGCUCUCAACAGGGAGAAGAUUGCAGAGGUUGAAAGGUUACAAGAAUCACUCCUUGAAACACAAAGUAGGCUGGCUGAGGUUGAAAGGAACAGCAACAUCAAACAGACCGAAUUGGACCAAUUGAGAUCAACAUACAAUGAUUUAAAGAGACAAGACCUGAGAAACCAGCAAUCAUCCAGCAUGCUACAGUCCUUGGAGAAGGAAAACAGUAGAUUGAAGUUGGACUUGAGGGAUCUGAAGAGGGAACUUGAAGGGCAGCAACAGCAGCUGUCCUCUUCCACAAACUCCUUUGCAAGCAACCGUGCUAAAGUUCAAACUCUGCAAGAGCAGAUUAGCCACAAAAUUAAUGAGCUCUACGAAAUGAACGACCAGCUGGCAGAACAACUACAAAUGUUUUCCUAACUUACAUCCAUACACUAAUCCCUACUUAACGUUCAUGCAUUGAUCUAUCUGAUGUUUUUUUGUCAUUGGGAAUAGUUGAGCACAAUGUAACAAAAAAUAUUUAAAUGAUUUUGUUAAGUUAUUGUUUCUAGAUGUUUUAUUCUAUCUCCAUUUUUCGUACGAAAAGUACAUGCAUAUCAUUAACAUCCUAUUUAAAUAUUUCGUUUAUUGUACGUUGCAUUAUUCAUAUGCUCUUUUCGAGUUGUUUUUUUUUUCAAAUUUUUUAUUAAGUAUUCUUUUAUU